AUGUCUGACUCCAAAGCUCCCGAGGGCAAUGACCUCGAACUCGCCGGCGAGACCAUCGAGUCUAACUGGGACCAAGUUGUCGACAACUUCGACAACAUGGAACUCAAGUCGGACCUCCUCCGUGGUGUCUACGCCUACGGUUUCGAGCGCCCCUCGGCCAUUCAACAGCGUGCUAUCAUGCCCAUCAUCACUGGCCGUGACUGUAUCGCCCAGGCUCAGUCCGGUACCGGCAAGACCGCUACCUUCUCGAUCUCGAUCCUUCAGAGGAUCGACACCACCGUCAAGAAGACCCAGGCCUUGAUUCUUGCCCCCACCCGAGAGCUCGCGCAGCAGAUCCAGAAGGUCGUCGUCGCCCUCGGUGACUAUCUGAACGUCGACUGCCACGCCUGUGUCGGUGGUACCGCUGUCCGUGAGGACAUGGCCAAGCUCAACGACGGCCCUCACGUCGUUGUCGGUACCCCCGGUCGUGUCUUUGACAUGAUCAACCGUGGUGCCCUCAAGACGGACGGCGUCAAGAUGUUCUGCCUCGACGAGGCCGACGAGAUGCUGUCCACCGGGUUCAAGGACUCAAUCUACGACAUCUUCCAGCUCCUCCCCGCCGACACCCAGGUCGUCCUCCUUUCCGCCACCAUGCCCGUCGAGGUCCUCGAGGUCACCAAGAAGUUCAUGCGUGACCCCAUCCGUAUUCUCGUCAAGCGUGACGAGCUCACCCUUGAGGGUAUUAGGCAGUUCUACAUUGCCGUAGAGAAGGAGGACUGGAAGCUCGACACCCUCUGCGACCUGUACGAGACCGUCACUAUCACCCAGGCCGUCAUCUUCUGCUCCACCCGUCGCAAGGUCGACUGGCUCACCUCCAAGCUCCACGAGCGCGAGUUCACCGUCUCGGCCAUGCACGGCGACAUGGACCAGACCCAGCGUGAGGUCAUUAUGAAGGAGUUCCGAUCGGGUUCGUCGCGUGUGCUUAUCGCCACCGACCUCCUUGCCCGUGGUAUCGAUGUCCAGCAGGUGUCGUUGGUCAUCAACUACGACUUGCCCGCUUCCAAGGAAAACUACAUCCACCGAAUUGGUCGAGGAGGACGUUUCGGCCGGAAGGGUGUCGCGAUCAACUUUGUUAACGCCGAGGACGUUAAGAUGCUCCGCGAGAUUGAGCAGUUCUACAACACACACGUCGACGAGAUGCCCCUCAACGUGGCCGACCUCAUCUAA